AUCUUCCGCCUACCAGCCAGGCGAACAGUGUAAAUCGCUCAGUGGAUUUCCCCACACAAAAACCACUGUUGGUUGUCAACGAAGGCAGAGCCGACGCUUCUCUGAGAGUCUUUCUUACUCCUCAGAUCACCCUGUAACCAGCUUUCCAAAUGAGUGACGGGGAGUGUGACUUCUUCUGCUUCUUCCGCUGCUGCUGAGCGCGCUCUCUACGCGCCUCAGACGGACGGGAAGGCAGUGUGUCUCUGAUCAGUGACACAAGCAGGUGGAGAGGGCUGCUGGGGAGAAACAGGGUGGUGGAGCUUCAAACGAGCCAUUUCAACCAAUACCACUUGGAUCCGACAGGUAGGCAGACCGUCUACCUGUCCGGGUGUUUGAUUCAAUCGACUGGAUGUCUGUGGACAUGAACAGCCAGGCGUCGGACAGCAACGAGGAAGACUUCGGGGUGAACUCUGAAGAAGAGGAAGAUGAAGACGAUGGAGGAGAAGAGGAAGAUCAGGGCGACAUCGCAGGCUACUACGAGGGUGUGGCCAGUGAUGUGGAGCAACAGGGCGCUGACUCCUUUGACCCAGAGGAGUACCUGUUCACCUGUCUGACGUACAAAGAGAGUCAGAGGGUGCUCACAGAGGAGGUUAACACUGUGGCUGCUGCACUAAAGGUGUUACCAGCAGUAGCAAAACUGAUCCUGGUGCAUCUUCACUGGCAGGUUUCACAAAUACUGGACAGAUAUAAGUCCAACUCGUCUCUGCUGUUGUCAGACGCUUUGGUCCAGCCCAGCAGCACCUGCAGAUCAGUCACUGCCCCUCAGUCCCUCCAGUGUGGUGUUUGUCUACAGGUUGUACGGAGAGACUCCCUGCUGGCGCUGCCCUGCCAGCACUCCUUCUGCAAAGCAUGCUGGGAGCAGCACUGCACUGUCCUGGUCAAAGAUGGCAUGGGAGUGGGUAUCUCAUGUAUGGCUCAGGACUGUUCCCUUCAGGUGCCAGAAGACUUUGUCCUGCCACUGCUGCCUGGAGAGGAGCUGAAGGACAAAUACAGACGCUACCUCUUCAGAGACUACGUUGAGAGUCACUUCCAGUUGCAGUUGUGUCCAGGUGCAGACUGUCCAAUUGUCAUCAAGGUGCAGGAGCCCCGGGCACGCAGGGUGCAGUGUAGCCGUUGCAGUGAAGUCUUCUGUUUUAAAUGCCGUCAGAUGUACCACGCACCCACAGACUGUGCAACAAUCCGGAAAUGGCUGACCAAAUGUGCAGAUGAUUCGGAGACAGCUAACUAUAUCAGUGCACACACUAAAGAUUGUCCUAAGUGCAAUAUCUGCAUUGAGAAAAAUGGAGGGUGCAAUCACAUGCAAUGCUCCAAGUGCAAACACGACUUCUGCUGGAUGUGUCUUGGUGACUGGAAGACUCACGGCAGUGAAUACUAUGAGUGCAGUCGCUACAAAGAAAACCCUGAUAUAGUCAACCAGAGCCAGCAGGCUCAGGCCAGAGAGGCCCUCAAGAAAUACCUCUUCUACUUUGAGAGGUGGGAGAAUCACAACAAGUCUCUGCAGUUGGAGGCUCAGACAUACCAGAGGAUCCAGGAGAAGAUCCAGGAGAGAGUGAUGAACAACCUGGGAACCUGGAUUGACUGGCAGUACCUGCAUAACGCUGCAAAGCUACUGGCCAAGUGUCGCUACACACUGCAGUAUACAUACCCUUACGCCUAUUACAUGGAGUCUGGCCCACGCAAGAAACUGUUUGAGUACCAGCAGGCCCAGCUGGAAGCAGAAAUAGAAAACCUGUCAUGGAAGGUGGAGCGGGCUGACACCUAUGAGAGGGGGAGAGUGGUAGGAGGCGAGGGGGAGCUCAGCGCCAGUGAUAGAGGGGAUCUGGAGAAUCAGAUGCACAUUGCUGAGCAGAGGCGACGCACGCUGCUGAAGGAUUUCCAUGACACCUGAAGCUCCAUCGCGACUGCAAAGCACCAGCAUCUCCCUCCCUCCUUACUUCCUUCCUUGCCUCCCACUUUUGCUUUCUUCCAUGAACAUCCCUCGGUGCAGUCAUACUGACCCCACCUUUUGCUUCUCUUUGCUCGCUCAUUCGCUUCUUUCUUUCUGUGUCUCCUUCCUCUCACUCCCAUAAUGCUGCAGGGUCAGAGAAUGGCACGAUUGUAUCUCCCCUUCCUCUUCUUCUCAUCCUCACCUCAUUUAAAUGUUUUUGGCUCAGAGCAUCACAUUCACCGUGGUUACACUUGUCGCAGCUUUCCAGAUCUGAUCAGGUCACAUUUUCAGGUCCUGUCAUGUGUCUGGGUUCGGUGGGUAGCACUGUUAUUCUUCAGCAUUAUUCCUGUGAUAUUGGCAUAAUCAUCAGAGACAAAAGGUCAAAUGAUGGAGAAGCUUCUUUUAAUUAUACAAGAAAGAUGCAAGAGAUGAGAUACAGUUUCUUUAAGGUGACUGUGCUGAUUGUGGCACUGUUAUAAGGUGGUUUGACAUAGACCGUAAUGACUAGGGGACCCUUGUAGACAGUCGUACCUGUAGUACUCACUGGAUCGACAUGAUCACGUGCAAAGUGAUUUUUCAUAUACCUUCUCCAAGCUGCAAAAUGUUGACUGACAUAGAUGGUUAAGAAAUUAAUAACAGCAGAGAUGAUGAAGUAGUUGCGGAAAGUUUAAUGGAAGAUGCGGCCUGCUAGUAAACUCUACUCUUACCUCUGGAUGAAACGUCCAUGUCACUUCCCUGGCUUUGUUUUGAACAAGCUUUAUUACCAACCAGGACAGGUGCAGCUUCACAGAUCAGUUGAAGAAUUCUCAAUGGCAAAUUACGGAGACCUUUCAUUGAAAAGGUACUUUUUUAUAUAUAAAUUCUGCCAUUAAUGUGUGUACGGUGUGUUUACUGUGGAAAAAUGGUGAUUUCACAGUUCUAUAUACUCCUUGAAAUAAACAAAAUACAGUAUUUUCCUACGUAUGAUGCAUGUUCGUGUAAACAAAGUACUAAAGAAUAAGAUGAAUGUGUGUUUAAAUGACAGCUUUUCUAGAUUUUGUUGCCAGUGUUUCACAAUAAACACACCUUUCCCCUUUGUUAGUUUGUGAUAGUUGCUAACUUGACCUACUGCAGCCACUAAAGCCAGCACAUCGCUGCUAGUCAUUAUGGUCAACGUAAAACUACUGAGUUUCAUUCUUGUGUCUUAAAAUUCUCAUACUGAUGUUGCUUUUUUUGUGUUCAGCUAGUAUAGAUCCAAAUUGGUGUGAGCCAGACCUUCUCCAUAAAAAUCUUAACAUCUCUCCUCCACUGAUCAGAUAAUGAAGUAAUUCUGAGGCAACAAGUGUAAUCUCAGCCAUUUACGCACACUACAGCACCCACCGACAUCAACAAAGCAUUUGCAUGUACAUACCAUGCACACAUCGACACACUCAUGCUCAAACACUCCGCUGCAGAAAAUAAACGUUAACAGUUCAUUUGUUUCCUUUCCACCAUCUUGUGCUCUCUUUUCUUUCUUUACACUCAUCCCCUCACAUCUUUAUUUCGCUCUUUAUUUUCUCUUCUCUUCCUGCUCACAUUGUUCACUUUUCUUCUGGAAAAUGGCUGUUGAUAGUUAGAUCGUUUAAAAAAAAAUGGGGGGAAAAAAACACAAAAAUACAAAAAAAAAUUGUUGUAAUUUUCAACGGUUGUACAUUAAUACAGAAAUAGAGUUACUGAGAGAGUUUUUAAAACCGGA